AAAUUUUGUAUAAAUAUCAAGAACCUAAAAUAGUUCAGUAUUAGAAAAGUGUUUAAAAACUGCAAUAGCAAACAUGCAAUUCUUCUACAAAAUUCUUUUUGUGGCAAGCAUUUGUUUUGUGGCAACAAGUGCCAACAUUAUUCAAUCAUCUCCUUUGGACAAUUUCGAUUACCAGUUUGUACCCAAUGACAUCGCUGAGGGAAUUGUUGAAAUUGAACCCUAUCUUGUCUCUUGGUCUACUCUUAACAUUGUCAUACGUAAAGCAUUAUCCAUUAUUUUGGGUGUCAAAUGUACCGUUCGAGAAGUUUUGGAAAUUAAAGCAGCCGCUUUGAAAUUUAUCGAUGAUAUUGAGCGAUGUGGAAAUAACGCUUCGGAAAGUGUUCAACCUUUAUUAGAUGCUUGCAAAAAUAUCAUUGUAAUAUGUAAUGAUAUUCUUCAUGUUAAUGAAAAUAUCUGUGGUAAUUCAAUGAAUCCCGAAGAAACGGAUAAUUCUAAAACUCCUAAAAAAUGUUUUAAGAAAUUAUAUAAGAGAACUGUGGAACUAAAAGAUCAAGUUAAGGAAGCUAUUACAUUGAUUAGAAACAUUACAAAUACUGGUAAAUGUGUAACUGAAGCUGUUAGGGAGUUGGAAAGUGUCUUUAUUAAAUUUCCCAUUAAAAUUGAAUUCUGUUCGAAAUUGAUUCAUUAAAUAAAUGAAAAUAUUCGUAAAUAAAAUACAAUGCUGA